AUGGCUCCAAGCAACCACAUUCUCGUGAUCGGCGCAGGAGAGUUGGGACUCCAGGUUAUCAAGUCGUUAGCCAAGCACCCCCGACGAGAUGGCAAAUUGGCAGUCUUACUGCGCCCGGGAACAAUCGCCUCAACCAAUCCCUCAAAACAAGCAGAAGUGAAUGCGCUACGGGAAAUGGAUGUUGAAUUAGUGCCGGGCGACAUCGCGCAUGAUUCAGAGCAGCAACUAGCGUCCCUGUUCGCCAAAUACAACACGGUCGUUGGCUGUGCUGGGUUUGUAUCUGGCGCCGGAGGCGUCCAGCUCAAACUGACUCGUGCCGCGCUUCGAGCUGGAGUUCCCAAAUUUAUUCCAUGGCAGUUCGGCGUGGACUACGAUGUCAUUGGGCGCGGAUCGACGCAAGAUCUGUUUGAUGAGCAGCUCGAUGUGCGCGAUGCUCUGCGAGCGCAAGACAGGACUCGCUGGGCGAUUAUUUCCACGGGCAUGUUCACCAGCUUCCUGUUCGAAGCCUUCUUUGGAGUCGUAGAUCUUCAGACCGACACAGUCCGUGCGUUGGGAAGUCCAGAGAACAGGGUGACCCUGACCACCCCAGAGGACAUCGGGCGGAUCACAGCAGAGAUUGUUCUCGACGACGAUUCUUUCGCAAACAAGCCUAUCUUCAUUGGCGGCGACACGAUCAGCUACGGAGAGCUCGCAAAUUUGGUUGAGAAAGUCGUGCAGCGGCCAAUCAAGCGAACUGUCCUCUCUUUUCCCGAGGUGAAAGCCGCGCUUGCAAAAGACCCCGACAAUAAUGUCCUGAAAUAUCAGGGGAUCUUUAGCGCCGGGCGUGGUGUCGCAUGGGACCUCGCUGAGACUUGGAAUCAGAAACGUGGAAUCCGUGGGAGGACAGUCGAAGAGUGGGCGAGAGAGCACUUGCUAGAGCAGCGGGAAGAAAAGGACAGUGCAAUACAGCCAGCCUAG